AUGAUUUCGCUAUACCGAAAGAUACAACAACAAAAGUCCGGGGAGCAGGGGGUCAAGCAGCAGCAGCCAUCAUGCGCACACCAGAGGAACGGAAGCACGGCGACCUGCGAGAGGCCUAAUGCGCCGACAAGUGGAAAGUCGGGCCAGGGGCUCCAGCAGUCAAGCCCUGCUCCCGUUGCCGUGACUGCAUCUGAUGCUGAGCCUGAGCGUCACUCGACACCACAGAGCAGCCAGAUCAAAGACUCCAAGUGCGAGGCCUGCGUCGAGGAGAAAAGAGCUGCUCGCAAGUACCGGCUCAAGCUGGUGCUUGGCUUGAUAUUUCCCUUUGCGCUACAGGCCUUGGAUGUCACAAUUGUUGCAAGCGCUUUACCUUGGAUUGCCAAGGAUUUUAAUGAGAUUUCCCAACUGAACUGGAUCAUAUCCGCCUUCAACCUGACCUCGGCCGCCUUCAUCCCCUUUUGGGGCCAGAUGGCCGAUGUCUUUGGCAGACACGCUGCCCUUCAAGCCACUUGCCUUUGCACCGCCGCUCCAACCGACGCCUUCCCCGUGCUGCUCCUCGGCCGUGGCAUCCAAGGUCUGGGGUGCGCGGGCAUCUCCGUCAUUGUCCGGGUCAUCAUUGCAGACAAGGUCUCGCUCAAGGAGAACGCCAAGAACUGGUCCAUCUUUUCUUUUACCGCUGGCAUGAGCUAUGCCAUCGGCCCAGUCAUUGGGGGCUAUCUGACAACCGCUGCAUGGAGAUGGUGCUUUGCAAUCAACCUGCCCAUUUGCGUCGUGGCCAUUGCCAUAAUUUUCCUUGUCCUGCGGAAAGAUCUGCUCGGACCCGUUGCAGUCGCUCCCCGAGACGCCGAGAAUAUCCAACAACAACACCAUGCGAACGAGGAGGGCCUGCAGACGCCCCCUGCCAACCAAGCAAGACUGGCCAGGUUCUAUGCUCGCCUGGCGACGGUAGACGUCGGCGGCCAGCUGCUCUUCCUGUUCGGCUUCGGGCUGGUGGUACUGGCCAUGACGUGGGCCGGCGCAACCUAUGCCUGGAACAGCGCCGCCGUCCUGACCCCCUUGCUGGUUGGCGUGGCCCUGGUGGUCGCCUUUGUCUUUUGGGAGAGGCUGAUGGCUCCGGGUGGUGUGCUCGCGCUCAGGUUUCCUCGUCAAAAGGCCAUGCUUCCUUGGGAUAUUCUCAAGAAUAAAGAUGUCGGGCUCUUGUGCUUCAUCAACUUUGCGACGGGCGCUGCCAUGUACUCUGUUCUCUACUUUUGCAGCAUCUACUUUACCAUGGUCAAGCUCUACGACUCUGGUCAGGCUGGCGUGCAGCUUCUGUACUAUACCCCUGGCUUGGGAGCCGGUGUCUACCUUUCCAUGUUCCUCUGCAACAGAUACCCCCGAAACACCUUUGUCCCAACCAUGUUUGGAUCUAUCGUCGAGGCCGUCGGCGUUGGCAUGCUGGCCUGGGCUCUAUACCACGAAGACACGCCAACCAUCUACGGGAUGAUGGCCUUGACCGGUGUAGGUACCGGUGUGCGCUUUCUAUCCGUCCAACUACACGUCAUCGGCGUCUUCCGCAACAGCAUCGCGACCGUCGUCUCGCUCAUGGCCGUCACGCUUCCGUUCGGCGGCACCCUGGGUCUCACCAUCAUGACGACCGUCUUCAACAACGAGUCCGGCAUCGGCAGCGAUUCGCCGGUCCGCAACUUUGACGUGUUGCACAGCCUGCCAGAGGCCCAGAGGUCGAUUGUGACUCAGCAAGCAAAGAUGGGAGUCGUCUGGGCUUUUGUUUCCAUCGUUCCAAUUAUGAUUCUGUGUGUUCUCGCUGCGUCGCUCCUCGGCAACGUAGAGAUCACCCACGGCGAGGCAGACGGCGACGAGUCCAGCAUCGGUGGAGGCGGUGCCCACGUUUUUCAUGGAGUUUACCUGCUGCAUCUUCUCAGGAGGCGAAGAGACAACUCCAACGGCACGGAGCAGCAGACGGAGCUCAAGGCUGUGCCUUAG